UAAAGUGAAAGUGAAACUCUGAGCAUUUCGACUGGCGAGAACAAAAGCAGCUAAAUAAAAUGGCUUCUAAGUUUUCCGAGGAGGAUUUCUCCUGUCCUGUGUGCUGUGAAAUCUUCAAAGAUCCUGUUGUUCUGCUCUGCAGUCACAGUAUGUGUAAAGUGUGUUUGCAGCAGUUCUGGGAGACCAAAGGAUCCAGAGAAUGUCCUGUUUGUAGGAGGAAGUCGUCUAUUGAUAAUCCUCCCAUGAGCCUGGCUUUAAGGAACCUGUGUGAGACUUUCUUACAGGAGAAAAGUCAAAGAUCUUCAUCAGCGUCAGAAACAGUCUGCAGUCUGCACAGUGAGAAACUCAAACUCUUCUGUCUAGACGAUCAACAGCCGGUGUGUGUGGUGUGUCGGACUUCAAGAAAACACACCAACCAUAAAUUCCGCCCCAUUGACGAGGAAGUAACAUACUGUAAGGAGAAGCUCAAAACUGCACUUAAGCCCCUACAGGAGAAACUGAAGAUCUUUAACGACUGUAAACUGAACUGGAGUCGGACUGCAGAACAUAUAAAGAAUCAGACCCUACGCACAGAGCGUCAGAUUAAGGAGGAGUUUGAGAAGCUUUACCAGUUUCUGCGAGAUGAAGAAGCAGCCAGGAUCACUGCACUGAGAGAGGAAGAGCAGCAGAAGAGUCAGAUGAUGAAGGAAAAGAUUGAGAAGCUGAGCAGAGACAUAUCAUCUCUUUCAGACACAAUCAGAGCCAUAGAAGAGGAGAUGAGAGCUGAAGACGUCUCGUUCUUACAAAACUAUGAGGCCACUGUGAAAAGAGCCCAGAGCACACUGUGGUAUCCAGGGAAGCUUUCAGGAGCACUGAUCCAUGUGGCCAAACAUCUGGCCAACCAGAAGUUCAGAGUCUGGGAGAAGAUGCAGCACACUGUCCAAUACUCACCUGUAACUCUGGACCCCAACACUGCUCAUCCUAAACUCAUUGUAUCUAAUGAUCUGACCAGUGUGAGACUCAGUGAUGAGGAACAGAAACUUCCUAAUAAUCCAGAGAGAUGUGAUGAAUGUUGGUGUAUUCUGGGCUCUGAGGGCUUUAACUCAGGGACUCACUGCUGGGAUGUUGAAGUUGGAGACUGUACACUGUGGUUUGUGGGUGUGAUGACAGAAUCUGCUCAGAGGAAGGGAGGUGUAUACUCCAGAAGUGGAAUCUGGUGUGUGGUGUAUUAUGAUGGUAAAUAUAGAGCAUGUUCUACACCAGAUACUCUCACUCCCCUCUCAGUAUCACAGAAACUCCAGAGGAUCAGAGUGAAGCUGGACUGGGACGGAGGAAAACUGUCAUUCUCCAACCCUCUCACUAACACACACAUACACACUUUCACACAGACAUUUACUGACAAAUUACUGCCAUUCCUAAAUUUUUGUGAUAAAGAAUCUCCUGUAAAGCUCCUCCCACUUCAGUGCUCUGUAAGAGUCAAUCAGAUCAAUUAGAGUUUAUUAAUGAAAUACUGCACAUUAAAGAUUCACAGUCUUUAUAAACGUUUGUUUUUAAGGAAACACUGAAUAGUUCAUUGUGGAAAGAAUUUCAAGUUAGUCAGUUAUUAGGUGCAGGUAAAAUAAUGAACUACUAUGUUAAAAUAAAGAGAUAUUAAAUCAAAAUAAUGUGAUAUUAAGUUUUAAUAACUACAGAACUACUUUUCCUCUCAAUGUUUUAUGUGUUUCAAAAAACAAAUAAACCACAGGAGGAAAUAAAAUGCAUAAGUCUGUUUUGAUGUACAAUUUGAAUCUC